AUGGCGAGUGAGAAUGACUCGCCGCCACAAGCACUAUUUCCAUGCGACCUCACAUAUGAAAUCCUGUUGAGGCUCCCUGUGAGAUCUCUUUUGCGAUGCAGGUGUGUGUGCAAGCAAGGGGAGUCCAUGAUCUCCGAUACCCACUUCGCAAAAUUGCACCUUUCUAUGUCCACCGUGGAUCCAACCUUGACCCACCACCGGUUGCUGGCACCCAACAGGAAAGGCAACGACAAGUUAGCAUCUUGCUCCGCGAAAUCACUGUUUAACAACCCAUUAACCCUUACUGAGGAUGUUGACUUCACCAUGAGGAGCAAUUACCGAAUCGUUGGAUCCUGCAAUGGGUUGGUGUGUUUGUUUGAUCGCGAUCAAAGAAAUGCCUGGUUGUGGAACCCAUCUACAAGGUUGUUGUCAAAAAAAACUCCGUCUGUGGAUGUACGUGGUGUUGAGUGUGCCUUGUUUCGAGGUUUUGGUUAUGAUCAUGUGAGUGGCAAGUACAAGGUGGUUAUUGUUUUUACUGAUCCCUGCUCUAAUGAAGAAGUGCACAGAACUGAGACCAAAGUUUAUGCAUUUGGUGAUGGAUCUUGGAAAACAAAACCGAAUUUGAAAUUCCCUGGUUAUCCCAUGAUUGAGGAGGGAAAUUUUGUGUGUGGCAAUUUGAAUUGGGUGGCAAAUAGAGCUAAAUCUAUUAACCGUCCUGAAUGGGAAAUGCUUUCUAGAUGA